AUAUCCUCUAUAAAUAUAAUUUCAUAUAGCACUCCAAUACUCCCUCUUCCCAUUGAUUGGCUUACGAAUCUCACCAAUCAUACACAAAAGAAACAAAGAGAAAGAAAGAAAGAGAUGGCUGGAGGGGCUUUCGCUCCAACAUCUGGUGGAAAGGAAUACCCUGGAAAGUUUACUUUCAGGGUGUUCUUCACGUGCCUUUUUGCAGCAACAGGAGGUCUGAUUUUUGGUUAUGAUCUUGGUAUUUCAGGUGGUGUAACAUCUAUGGAUGUUUUCUUGAAGGACUUCUUUCCUGAUGUUUACCAGAAGGAAUCCUCAGUCAAGCCGUCAGAUGAUCAAUACUGCAAGUUUGAUAGCCAGAUAUUGACGUUGUUUACUUCGUCUCUAUACCUGGCCGCCCUUGUUUCGUCCAUAGGAGCAUCUAUGGCGACUAGGACGUAUGGACGGAGACCUACGAUGAUGACCAGUGGCUUACUUUUUGCAGCUGGUGCUAUCGUUAAUGGCUUAGCCAAGAAUGUCGUCAUGCUUAUUGUUGGUCGGUUAUUACUUGGUUUUGGCAUUGGAUGUGCCAAUCAGUCAGUUCCAAUUUAUCUCUCUGAAGUGGCUCCCUAUAAGUAUCGAGGUGCUCUCAACAUGAUGUUCCAAUUGUUUAUUACAAUUGGUAUUCUCAUUGCCAAUUCUUUGAACUAUGCCUUUGCGAGGUUGAUUGGAGGAGAUAUGGCAUGGCGCUUGAGUUUGGGUGGCGCUAUAGUUCCUGGUCUAAUAAUUCUUUUAGGAUCAUGCUUUCUUCCUGAUACGCCGAAUUCCGAGAUAGAGCGAGGCAAUUAUGAAAGAGCUAAAGAUCUACUUCUUAAACUCCGCGAUGUUGAUAAUGUCGAUGAGGAGUUCAAUGAUCUUGUCGAGGCCAGUGAGAAAGCAAAAUUGGUGAAACAUGCUUGGUUAAACAUAUUUAAGAGGAAAUAUAGGCCUCAGCUUGUGUUUGCAUUCUGCAUUCCCAUGUUUCAACAGCUCACCGGCAUGAACGUCAUCGUGUUUUAUGCUCCUGUUUUGUUCAAAACCAUUGGUUUUGGGAGCAAUGCUUCUCUUUUAUCUUCUCUGAUUACUGGUUUCGUUAAUAUGGUUGCAACUUUUGUUUCGAUUUUUACGGUGGAUAAGUUGGGGAGGAGAAAGCUUUUCCUCAUGGGUGGUACCCAAAUGCUCAUUUGCCAGGUUGUGAUAACAAUUGCCAUUGCUAUGAAGUUUGGAGUGAGUGGGAACCCAGGUGUGAUUUCCGGUACCUACGCUGGUGCCGUGGUAGCCUUCAUAUGUGUUUAUGUUGCGGGCUUUGCUUGGUCUUGGGGACCUCUAGGUUGGCUAGUGCCUAGUGAAAUCUUCCCAUUAGAAGUCCGUUCAGCUGCUCAGAGUAUCAAUGUUGCUGUAAACAUGAUCUUCACCUUUGUCAUUGCACAAAUCUUCACGGCAAUGCUUUGUCACUUGAAGUUCGGUUUGUUCAUUUGCUUUGCAGUUUGUGUGGUGAUCAUGAGUAUCUUCAUAUACAAACUGCUACCUGAGACCAAAGGAGUCCCAAUUGAAGAAAUGACCAUUGUGUGGCGGAAUCAUCCUCAUUGGAGCAAGUAUUUUGAUGAAGAUGAUGCUAAGUUUGAAACGAGCAAGGCCAAAGAUAUUGCAUCUGCUUAGUUUCUUAUGCAGAUCAAUAUCAUUUUUGUUUUUGGUUCGUACUUCUGGGUUGUGGCGAGUUUUUUUUAUGUUAAAGUUUAUUUCCUGUUUUUUUUCUAGACUUUGUAGGGCAUUUUAUUUGUUUUAUUAAUUCUGGACCAUAAUUUUCAUUUUUAGUACUUUUCUAUGCAAGAAUUGCAUUAAUGUUAA